UGGCUGCAGAGAAAUGACUGGAAGGGUCUAAAGAAGUUGUUUAGUCAAAUAAAUACAGCUGUCCGAGCCACUCUGCACUUCACCCGGUGAGCUUAAACUAGAAUCAGCGUGGUCACUUUGUGUGUGUGUGUGUGUGUGUGUGUGUGUGUGUGUAUAAGCAGGAGACUCAGGUAAAGGCUCUAAAAACCUGGCCGGCUUCUCUAACUGUGGUACCUAAACGGCUAGCUGGCUAAAAUGAACGGCCAUCAGAACGGUUUCCAUAACAACUCGCUCAUUGAUGAAGACUGCUUCCUCUUCACUUCUGAAUCUGUCGGAGAGGGUCACCCCGAUAAGAUUUGUGACCAAAUCAGUGAUGCCGUGUUGGAUGCACACCUCAGACAAGACCCUGAUGCCAAAGUGGCAUGUGAGACUGUUGCUAAGACGGGGAUGAUCCUUCUGGCGGGGGAGAUCACCUCCAGGGCCAACGUUGACUAUCAGAAGAUUGUCAGGGACACGAUCAAACACAUAGGCUAUGACGACUCCUCCAAAGGCUUUGAUUAUAAGACCUGCAAUGUGCUGGUGGCUUUGGAGCAGCAGUCCCCUGACAUUGCUCAGGGUGUUCACAUGGAUCGAAAAGAGCAGGAUGUGGGAGCCGGUGACCAGGGUCUGAUGUUUGGGUAUGCCACUGAUGAGACUGAGGAGUGUAUGCCCCUCACUAUUGUCCUGGCUCACAAGCUCAAUGCCAAGAUGGCUGAAUUGCGCCGAAACGGAACGCUGCCGUGGCUGCGACCCGAUUCCAAAACUCAGGUGACUGUUCAGUACAGACCGGACCGAGGCGCCAUGGUGCCAUUGCGUAUCCACACCAUUGUGGUCUCUGUGCAGCACGAUGAGGUUAUAAGUUUGGACGAGAUGCGCAGAUGUCUGAAGGAGCACGUGGUGAAAGCGGUGGUUCCCGGUGGCUACCUUGAUGAUGAAACCGUAUACCACCUGCAGCCCAGUGGACGCUUUGUCAUUGGAGGACCACAGGGUGAUGCUGGUCUGACUGGGCGUAAGAUCAUUGUCGAUACUUAUGGGGGUUGGGGUGCCCAUGGAGGUGGAGCUUUUUCUGGGAAGGACUACACAAAGGUAGAUCGCUCUGCUGCCUAUGCUGCCCGCUGGGUGGCCAAAUCUCUGGUGAAAGCUGGGCUCUGCAGGCGUGUGUUGGUCCAGGUAUCCUAUGCUAUUGGAAUUGCCCAUCCACUCUCCAUCUCCAUCUUCCACUACGGGACCUCCCAGAAGAGCGAGAAAGAGCUGCUGGAAAUUGUGAUGAAGAACUUUGACCUCCGUCCAGGAGUUAUUGUGAGUGAUCUUGACCUGAGGAGGCCCAUCUACCAGCGCACAGCAGCUUAUGGUCACUUUGGUCGUGACGGCUUUCCAUGGGAGGUGCCCAAGAUGCUGAAAUGCUGAAUCCCUACUGUAAUCUCGAAUCAAGCGGGUCUUAGGUGUACUACAGAUUAACCUGUCGGUCUACUUUCCUCCUUUCUCCUCCACCUCCCUCCUCUUCCUCCUCGCACACAAACACAGCCACAGCCUCUACUUCAUGAAAAUAUGUCCUUUCUCCACCUGUUAGUAUUGUACUCUUCUUUAUGAGCUAAAAGGAUUUCAGUUGCAGAUAUUAAAUUGAACUAGCUGUUGGAUAAAUAGUUCGUACAGAUUUGAGCAGUGCUGCCGGCUUUUAUUUAUUUUUGUUCUGGCAGCUCGCCUCCUUUUUUUUUUUUUUU